AAAUAGAUUUGGUGCGAUGUUUUAGUUAAGACAUUCAUCGCGAGUCGUUUGGCAGGAAAUAUAAUAGAAUUUGAGCAUAAUCAUAACAAAACAUUUCCCUCCGAAACGAACUACAAUCGACAUCCUAAAUUACUGUGCGUGCGUUAUCCUAAACUAUUCGGAGUACAAGAUAGUGAUCCAAAUUCUAAUGCGUUUAAUGUGAAUGCUGAAAACACGGUAUCUCAUUGUGGCGGAGUGAAUGCCCAAGGAUCUUCCAACAACAGCUCGUUGCCGAAACCAGCAAGUGAAGCUCCAGAGAAUCCAAUAUCAAGCCUGUUGAAUAUGGAUGCUAUUCCCAGCAAUUUUCAGAUCGGUUGUACCGAAAUCGAAGUAGUAACAAUGCCGACUGAUCAGGAAGGGCGCAAUCAACAGUUAGCACAUCCUUCGUUGCCUUCUGGUGUAUCCUUCAGUGAAUCUACAGACGAUGGGAACGAUCAAAACGAAGAUGUUGAAAACACAUUUAAUGCUACGGCAGUACCACGAUAUACUCUUGCUUCUCUCAAACCUCUUUUUAAUCUUGAUUCUCACAGCACUUCAACGGAAAAUGAAUCAGUAUCGAAAGUAGAGCAGUUGUUGAUCGAUACCAACCGGAAACUCGACUUGGUGCUAGAGAAACUGAGUCAAAUGGACCGUAGGAUGAUAUUACAUGAAAAACAAAUUAAUUUGUUGGAGAAAAAAGUCGAUAUGCAUUUGUCCUUAGGUGUAGUACCGGAAGAGAGAACAGACAAAGCAGCUCUACAUUCUAGAAGAUCAAGUGAAAGCAGUCUAGAUAAUUCGUUAUCAUUAUUUUCGCCGGUAUCGUGUUUGUUGGACUUGGAAAAUCUGGAAGAGUUAGCUAAGGAUAAGAACUAUGUUAAUUGUGUGAAAACUCAUAUCCAAGGUAUAUUAGGUACCCGAAGAAUGACACAAACAUCCGCCUUGCACCAACAAAAUAUGUCAGGUAACACAAGAACAGGACAAACUUAUUGUUUGCAAAUAGUGGAUCUUUUUUUUACCAGAUUUUUCAUGACUCAAUGCACAUGGACAGGAAUAAGUAUCAAGUCAGUUGCUGGAAAGAAAAUUGCUUUAAAAGAUUUUGUUCAUGUAAUUGAUAUGUUUUACGAGACUGUGCACUAUGUCGAUCCUACGUUUACUAAAGAAGACACAGAAUCUUUCUUGAAACAGGUCCUUGAAAGAGCUAGAGUACGAUUCGAAAGCGGCCCUCCAAAACGUAAACCAGGUAGUCGCUGCAGAAAAACCCCAAAAAAGCAUAUUUCAACAAACACCGAAUCAAUCGAUAGCGAUGAAAUGGAAGAGAGUGAAGGCAAAGCAGCUAUAGAGUCUAGUAGAUCAAAUGGAAACAGUGUAGAUACUACAUUUUCAUUGUUUUCACCGGUAUCAUGUUUGUUGGACUUGGAAAAUCUGGAAGAGUUAGCUAAGGAUAAGAACUAUGUUAAUUGUGUGAAAACUCAUAUACAAGGUAUAUUAGGUACCCGAAGAAUGACACAAACAUCCGCCUUGCACCAACAAAAUAUGUCAGGUAACACAAGAACAGGACAAACUUAUUGUUUGCAAAUAGUGGAUCUUUUUUUUACCAGAUUUUUCAUGACUCAAUGCACAUGGACGGGGAUAGGUAUCAAGUCAGUUACUGGAAAGAAAAUUGCUUUAAAAGAUUUUGUUCAUGUAAUUGAAAUGUUUUACAAGACUGUGCACUAUGUUUACCCUACGUUUACUAAAAACGAUGCGGAAUCGUUCUUGAAACAAAUGCUUUCACAUGCUAAAAAACGAUUCGAAAAUGGUCCUCCAAAAUUAAAACCAAGAAGUCGCUGCAGAAAAGCUCUAAGAAGGAAUAUUUUAAUGAACGCCGAAUCGAUCGAUAGCGAUGAAAUGGAAGAGAGAAAAAACAAAGCAGCUCUAGAGCCUAGUAGAUCAAUUAGAAGUACUCUAGAUAGUUCGUUUUCAUUGUUUUCACCAGUAUCGUGUUUGUUGGACUUGGAAAACCUGGAAGAGUUAGCUAAGGAUAAGAACUACGUUAAUUGUGUGAAAACCCAUGUACAAGGUAUGUUAGGUACUAGAAGAAUAACACUGCAACAAAGUAUGGCAGAUAACAAUAGAAUAGGACGAACAUAUUGCUUGCGAAUAGUGGAUCUUUUUUUUACCAGAUUUUUCAUGACCCAAUGCACAUGGACAGGAAUAGGUAUCAAGCCAUGUACUGGAAAGAAAAUUGCUUUAAAGGAUUUUGUUCAUGUAAUUGAUAUGUUUUACGAGACUGUGCACUAUGUCUACCCUACGUUUACUAAAACUGAUGCGCAAUCGUUCUUGAAACAGAUGCUUUCACAUGCUAAACAACGGUUUGAAAAUGGUCCUCCAAAACGUAAACCAGGUAGUCGCUGCAGAAAAACGCCAAAAAAGAUUAUUUUAACAAAUACCGAAUCGAUCGACAGCGUUGAAACGUAUGAAAGAAUGAAUUUGCUUCCUUUAGAUAUAAAAUCAGAGCUGGUAGAGGUUUGUUGGGAGGAAAAGACGAAUGAAUUGCUGUAAAACUUGAAUUUUGAAACGUAUCAAAUAAGUGCAAAUGCUGCGGAUGUUGGCUCUGAACGUGUCCAAAUGGAAAAUAAAGGAUUUAAAUAAAUAAGAUAUGAUUUUGAUGUUUCACACUUUUUCUGUUAGGCGGUUUGAAUGAUAGAUUUACAUUUUUUUGUAUUUGUAUACCCGGGGAUCAGGGUGGGACCCCUUUUAAAAUGUUUAUAAUUUUAGAGGUAGAACAUCUCACAAUAAUUUACGCUGAUAAUGUUCGUUGCUGUUGAAAUACCGUUGCAGGAAGUGUAAAUAGAUUUGGUGCGAUGUUUUAGUUAAGACAUUUAUCGAAGGUUGUUUGGCAGGAAAUAUAAUAGAAUUUGAGCAUAAUCAUAACAAAACAUUUCCCUCCGAAACGAACUACAAUCGACAUCCUAAAUUACUGUGCGUGCGUUAUCCUAAACUAUUCGGAGUACAAGAUAGUGAUCCAAAUUCUAAUGCGUUUAAUGUGAAUGCUGAAAACACGGUAUCUCAUUGUGGCGGAGUGAAUGCCCAAGGAUCUUCCAACAACAGCUCGUUGCCGA